AAUAUAUAGAGAUGCCGAAUAGUAGCAGAGCCCAGCACACAAAUUACAAAAAUGCCGCCGGCGAAGCAGCUCCGGGAUCUCUUCACGGCAAUACUACUUGUUUUUAUUAUUGCAGCGGCAGCGAACUUGCCGGUUAUAGUACUUUCCGGCGCCGGUGAUGUCCGCAGAUCGGAUUUUCCUGAUACUUUCGUUUUCGGUGCCGGUUCUUCUGCCUAUCAAGUUGAAGGAGCAGCAUUUGAAGAUGGAAGAAUGCCUAGCAUUUGGGACACCUUUGCUCAUGCUGGUAUAUAUGGAGGAGCCAACGCGGAUGUAUCUUGUGACGUAUACCAUAAAUACAAGGAAGAUGUAAAACUCAUGGCUGAUAUGGGUUUGGAAGGGUAUAGAUUUUCCAUUUCGUGGUCGAGACUUAUUCCUAAUGGAAGAGGUUCUGUUAAUCCUAAGGGAUUGCAGUAUUACAACAAUCUCAUUGAUGAAAUCGUCCGUCAUGGAAUUCAACCACACGUUACUCUAUGUCAUAGUGAUCUGCCACAAGUACUUGAAAACGAAUAUGGAGGAUGGAUGAGUCGAAAGAUAAUCGAUGACUUCACUGCCUAUGCGGAUGUGUGCUUCAAGGAAUUUGGUGAUAGAGUUUUGCAUUGGACUACCUUGAAUGAGGUUAAUGUAUUCACUCUAGGCGGUUAUGAUAAUGGAAUGAGCCCUCCAAAUCAUUGUUCCCCGCCCUUCGGAAUGAGACCCUGCCCUAUUGGUAACUCAUCAACCGAGCCUUACAUAGCAGGUCAUAAUUUACUGCUUGCGCAUUCAGCUGUGGUGAGACUCUACAGGAGAAAAUACAAGUCAACUCAACAUGGUUUUGUUGGAUUAAAUCUCUUCGCGUUUUGGUCUCUUCCUUAUACAAAUAAAACAGCUGAUGUAAUUGCAGCACAACGAGCUAAUGAUUUUUACCUCGGCUGGUUUGUGAAUCCAUUGAUAUUUGGGGAUUAUCCCGAUAUAAUGAAGAAGAAUGCUGGUUCUAGAUUGCCCAAAUUCACGAGACGAGAAUCUAAGCAAGUUAAAGGGGCUAUAGAUUUCAUAGCUCUGAAUCAUUAUAUGACAGUACGCGUUAAAGACAGCUCUAACAGCCUGGAAAAUGAUAUCAGAGACUUCACUGCCGAUUCAGCAUUUGAAUUUAUAUUGAAAAAUGGUGGUACACUUCCAGGCCAGUAUUCAGUGACAGAACCAGGUCUGCAAGGAGUACUAGAAUAUUUCAAACAAGCUUAUGGAAAUCCACCUAUGUAUAUUCAUGAAAAUGGUCAAAUGACACCACGAAAUGCAACGUUAAAUGACACAACUCGGAUAGAAUAUCUGCAAGCUUAUAUUGGCAAUUUGCUUGAUGCUGUGAGGAAUGGAUCAAAUGUGAAAGGCUACUUCACAUGGUCAUUUUUAGACUGUUUUGAGUUAUUCAACGCGUAUGAAUCUGCGUUUGGCUUAUACUAUGUGGAUUUGAAUGACAAAGAGUUAACAAGAUAUCCAAAGGUUUCUGCACAUUGGUACUCUAAUUUCUUGAAGGGAAAAAGCUACAAACAUAGUGAUAAAUUACUACUUCAUUCUUCUCAAUGAGUAUCUUUUUUCUC